UUCAAACCAGAGGAGACUGGAACAAUAGAGGAUUUGAAGAAUAUGAAGAAAAUUAUCUCACAUGAAAGUUCUUUCUCACCUAGCAGUAUCGAGAGUCAUGUUGUGGAUAUUUGCAGAGAUAGUAGUCGUUCAGCGAACAAUAAUGCUACAGGAUUGUGUUCGGGGGCGGUAAUAGCAGAAGGACACUACGCUGUAACACCAGAAGAUGGCGCCUCGAGCGCGGCUCAGUAUUUGGGCUGGUGGAGCCUGUUGGUGGACGUUAUCACAUGGUCGACAGGGUUUACAAUUUUCAUGGUAGCGACACAAACGGCGGAUGACCACUCGAAAGGAACGAACAACGCGGUAAUCCGAUUUCCAUUAACGCUCACUCACUUAACUUUGCAGUUCAUAGUUUGGAUGUUAUUAGCUAUAUUCUUGUACUGGGCUAGAGAAGAGCCUGAGAUUAGUACAAAAAACAAGUACUUUUUAGUACAAGUCACACUUUGCAGCGGUCUUCUAAUUUUGUCACGCUUCUUUGGAUUAUUGAUGGAGCAUCAAUACAUACCUAGCGAUAUAUACUCAAAC